ACCCUUGCCACUGUCUUUCACCCUAGCGCAUUGUCGUGUCUGCAACCUUUUUAUCAGAAUCGCAUCUUGCCUUCCGUCAACAGUUUCACUCUUCUAUCCGCCCACGAGAUGCCCGUCACGGAUCCCACGCCCGAUGUCUGGACCAUCAAGUUCAAGAACGCCCGCACAACCGUCGUCCUACACGUCUAUCAACUCCAAACACUCUCAAGCCUCAAAGUCGAACUUCUCCAUGCUCUGAACUCGGCAUAUCCCUCCGGCGAGCUGAAUGGCAUGACACUGCCCGAAUCACCAGACGACAUUGAACUGGCCAAACCGCGCGACUUCUCAAACGUCGAGUCUGGAGCAUGGCAAAGCAUUGAGCCCGAUGCUCAGGAUGACUUCGACGCAGACAUGUUCAAUGCUGGCGGUGACGUCACCCCCAAGGGCAAAGGAAAGGGAAAAGCAAAGGCAAAAGGCGCCGGUCACAAGGAUAGCCCAUUGGGUGCUGGUUUGAAGGACAUGUGUGCUGUGGCCUUCAGAUUCAAGGGUCAGAAGCAAGCCCCUAGACCUGUGGACGACGAUUUUGAUGAGGGUCUUGGCCUGGAAGAUGAUGUUCUGCCUGAUGCAGAUGGCUGGAACGUCGAGCUGCCCAAAUUUGAGGAUGUCUACGGUCUCAACGAUUUGGUGCCUGAUGAUCAACUCACUACUCCUAAGGCCAACAAGUUUGCAUGGGACGUUUGAUCCGCUGCAAGUCCGACUCUGACGAGCGACAUCACGCAUUCACGCCUGCCGUCACCUUCAUUGCUCAAAACUUGGUCGCUCCGCGCCCAUUUCAUCGCUAUAUGACGAGCUCAUCACAUCGCUGGUGCCAUACCAUAUGGAGAUUAUUCUGUCAAAGACCACGAUAUAUACGAGUACCGCUUACUCAAAAUCUCUCGUCGAGAAAGUGGUCUUUUCGCGUCUCACGGACGCAGCAUUAGCCACCGCCGUGAGCAACGAAGAUGAAGCCCUUGGGCAGGGGACAGAGGUCAAUUCUUUGAUUGGGCCUACAUGAAAAAAGCAUGACGCUACCUACGAAUUGCGACGAGACGAAAUAGCUAAAGUCAUGUUCACCAUAGCGAUAAUGAAGCAAUGAACAAAGUACACAAUCUUGAAAGCAUGCUCCC